AGCACAUAACCUCCAUCUUCCUCGACAUCCUUUGAGUAAUUGUCACCUGUCGACACGCAACUAUGACAACUUCAAACGAUCCUGGUGGGAAGGCUUCGAGAAAAGGCAAGGAACAUGAUACAGAAGACGUUUUUCUCGCCCUGGAUUCAGAAGUCAAAACGAUACCAACGCCCUCGCUAGUCUCUCGCCUCCAGGCUUCAACCACGGCCCUAUCCCGCACAGUGAUCAGUGGACAGCCCGAGAGUGCAGUGCUUGGAACUACUUCUAGCGAUAAACAGCAACAAUCAUCUGGCGGGACAUUCACCUCUGCGGCAGCGACAGCGAACUCGCUAUCCCCGCCCCUCUCGAGGCAAGGAAACACGGGCAGCAACAAAUUCAGCAGCCCUGAGCACAGUCAUGUUUCAGAAAGUCAGUACAACGACUUCAUCAAUUCACCAACAUCAACGACUUCAUCGUCAGUCGGCCCAGGAUCUUCAUCGACCCACCAGCUCGUGAACCAGAUGCGCCCAGCUUUCUCUGGCUUCACUGGGGGCCCAUCAGAAUGGGAGGUGCAAGCAAGUCGCGAUGGCAUUGAAGCAGUACAACUUUUGUCGGUUCCGGAAGCCCAAGACAUCAUCACACGUGACAGCUUGGACUCAACGCCUGUCCUGUCGCCACAUGAAAUCGCAACGCUGAGGUCGGCUCUCUUCGGGGAGGACCAGUCUCAAACCUUGGAGCGAAUAGACCAGGGUUGGGACGAACUUUUAAAUUUUCAGCCAGACUUCCUGAUCGCGGGCGACAGGAAUGCAAGCUAUCAGCAUCUUGGUAUUCGAGAUCCUCAUCGGGCCACAAGCACUUGGCUCGCAGAUUGGAGACAUGUCCUCAGCUCCUACACUGAUGAAGUAUGGGGAGACUUGGGGCCUCUUGCAGAAGCUGCCCGCAAUGAGCUCAACGACACAGGGGACCAGAUAAGCAACAGCCCAGCAACAGAUAUGAGGGCUCUGGGUCGAUUGAGGCAGAUUUUGGCUCAUGUUCGAGACUCGCGUUGAUUGAAGAGUACACUUUCUGGGCAUUCUACCACGGUGCUAGACACACUCGUUGCCCAGCCAACAUCGCUCAGGCUACUCAACCAAUCAAGUAGUGCAUUCACCUGCCA